CAGCAGCAUUUUCUCGCGAUUGCUCGUGGCGGCAAGUGCUUGUCGUGUCGUCGUUGUGUUAUCGCGCUCGUGGCGUCUUUUUCGUCUUAUCUCGUCUCUCGCCUGUUUUCGCCAGUCUCCUCGUUCCGACGUUCCCUUUUCUCUCGCCGCGAGCGAGAGUCUCUCGAAGUUACGCGAGUGCUCCGCGUACGACGGGACGAUGUCGUCGACGGUCAAGUAUACGUCGGAUGAGCAGCUGAGCGAAUCAUGGGUGGAGCUGGUGCCGGAUCCGUCGCUAGCUGCCCGGAUAACGCCGACACCUUUUAGUAUCACUGGCGAACGUGAAUAUCUGCGACUUCUCCGAGAAGCACAGAGAGAUUCCACACAUUCAUCCGCAAAGCAUUCUUUGGCGUCCUCACGCCGGGACACUCCAAGGGACAGCCCGAAGAGCCCGCCAAACAGCCCAAACACGGAACUCUCGACCGAAGAUGACCUCAAAGGCGUGUACAUAAAUUAUAACUUCAACAAGGAAGGCGAACUUCUAGAAAAGAACACGGAUUGGAUCUACGAGUGGAGCUCUCGACCGGACCAGGCGCCUCCAAAAGACUGGAAAUUCAAACAUCCCCUGGGCAGUAAGAGAAAAACAUACAGCAUCCGCACGGCAAAGGUUGGCAAGAACGGAUUGUUUUCCAAGGAGGUCAUUUACACUCUGUUCUUUACGAAUCUUUUGUCUUUGCUCAUUGGGACCGGUCUAGGCGUUUUGCUCACUAGGCGGGGCUUGAUGAUGUCCCGCGUCGCUAUUGAGUGAAGAACAUGAUUCCGGGGUGUGUCAGCAUCAGAAUUUGGUCACGGUUGAAUCUGGCGAGAAGGGGAAGGCUAGAGAUGCAAGAAAGACUGAACAAGCCGGUGGGCGAUCGAGCCUAAAAACAGUUACACGCAGCACAUAAUUCGAUUGUCCCGAUUUAUAAUAUUAGAACUUUGUAUUAUAUAUUAGCACUUUUACUUCCCCAAUUCCUUUUAACUGUACCGUGUACUUCUAAAAAAUUGCGUAUAUCAAAUAUAAAUAAUGCGCAUUAUAUGCUUAUAAAAAGGAAAGGCUAAGAAAAAUAAGCAAAAAAAAAAAGGCUGGAGAAAAGAAACUAUCAUAUAUAGUUGCAGAGAGUUGUUGCAAAAAACAGGAAAAUGAAUGAAACGAAUGUCCAUUUUAUACUGUUUCUAAUGCGUUUCUAUCCGCGAUAGUUUGUAGGCAUAGCUUGAAUAGUAUUUAUCUGAAACUAAUUAUAUAUAUUGUUAGAACGGAAAGAAAGAGUAAAAGAGGGAACGAAAGAGAGAAUGUACGAGUAUGUGUGUGCACGCGCAGGCGGGCGUGCGUGUGUUUAUGCACGAAGGAAAUGCGUCGAGGGAAGAUCACGACUUACAGUGCGGAAAGAAUCAAGAUAUAUCGAUGAGAGAACGCUGGACGAUUCGACUAAUUUAUGUAAGUUACGGAACUCUUGUUAGAUUGCGAACGAGCCAAUUUUGGGAUGUUGAGUUAAGGAAAUAAAAAGGAACAUACAUUAUAUGUCUAAAUAAAUUUUUGAACAUGAUCGAUAAUAUAAUAAGCGAUACAUACAUACAUAUAUCGAUCAGUUAUUCCUUUUUUCGAUUAUCACGCUUUAAUAUCAGUAGUUCCUACAAAGAAGAAAUAUCGAUGCUGACGUUUAUACCGAUUCGAUGCCGAUCACAGAUAGCCGGAAGGAGGGACCAUAAGAGAGAGCACAAGCUUCGAUUGAACAAGAGUUUUAGAGUGGCUUUUUGUACAUUUUAAUCUGCAAUUUUGUAAUUUUCUUAUAAUAAAUUCACACAAAAAUUCACAUAUAUAUACAAAAUAUAUUUCGUCAUCUAAUACGAUCGGCCCGCCAUGAUGUGACAAUCAAAUGUGUUUCAAAUGGUUUUGGUGAGACAUUAGAAAGAUGAAUGGCGUUUAUAAGAAUAUGGAAUACUUUGCAGAAUUUGUAAGAAUCGAUUCUAACAAUUGUGAAAAUAAGUUUAGGUUUAUCUUUGUGUUUUUAAGAAAUAGAUAAGAUUACUAUAAUGCAUUGACUUCUUUGAUUUGGAAGUGAGGAAUUUUGUCAUGGAAAUAUAUAAUUUUUGCUUAUUAUUUAAAUAGUCUUACAAAAGAAGUUAAAGGAAUAAUUUUUCAAUGUGUUUUGAAAAAGUUAGAAUUUAUAUGGAAACGUUUUGCGAAUGUGUGAUAUGUAUAUGAUACGUUUUUUAGUAGAAGAAAUUUGCGAUGAUAUAAUGCUUUCGAGAUUACGAUUUUGUAGUUUAAACAAGGAAAAGGACAGAACGAAACAGUAAUCAUUAAUUUGUCGAAAAUAUGCACAAAUUUCGCGAAAUAACUUUUUUGAGUUUCAAUUAGAAAUGAGUAUUGAUUGAAUGUGAGAGAUUGAAAAAAGUAUAAUACUUGUAUUAGUAAUUCAAGGAGAGGAAGAGAGAGAAAGAGAGAGAGAGAGAGAGAGAGGGAAGUAGAGAGAAAGAGAGGGAAAGACAGAGAGAGAGAGAAAAGGAGAAAAAGAGAGAAAGAUAAGUUACAUUUGAAUAUUUAGACAAAACUAAAUAUAUGUUAGAAAUUGUGCAUAAAUUUUUUAUUUGCAAAAUCAGCGAUUUCUAUAUGAAUCGACAGGUUUUUUUUAUAUUCUUAGGUAAGUUGCGCGUUAUUUAAUUUACAAUAAUGAUAUUCAACGUACUUUUUAUAAGCAAUUAUUUUGUAAUAUUGUAUGUAUGUUAUGUCAUACGCAUAAUAAUAAUCAUAUUUCGUAUGUA